AUGCCCAAUGACACUUCCAAGCUACUAAACUUUUCUGAAGGAGACCAGCCAGCGGUUCUUGCUGGAUGCAGUGGGUAAAUGCCUCUCUCCCCACACAGUGAGAGGAGCCUGGCAAUCCUGCUGAUGUUGGUGGUGAACAGAUCAACAAGUAUUUGGUACUUGUUAGAAACCUUUGAGCUUAGGAAAGCAACAUUUCUUUUGCAGUCUGGGGCCUUUGGCCUGGCGGACGCUUAACCCCUUCAAGGGCGAAAGCACCCAUCCCUGAGAACCUGUAUUGCCAGUAGUCAAGGGCUGGUUUUCUAGAGAGUUUACUGGGUGGUGGAAGUGAUUUAUUUAGGAAGCCUGUCCCCAUUGCCACAUUUCAAAACUGUGCCGUUACAAUAGGCAUUCUUAUAACGAAAAAUAGGACGGGCUGGAGGAGCCACUCUGCAUGUGUACAUUUUUAAUUUGGACCUCUUGGCCAUUCCUGAUCCUCACUCUGUUAGUAGUAAGUUCAAAGAUUUUUCUCUCGGGUGAGAGGUGGUAGAGGCCUAUAGCUAGUAGACUGACAGUGAGUGGUGCUUUUACACAAUAAACAACUUGUACUGUAUUUUGAGAUGUAAUUUAAUGAGCACUUAAUCAUUUGUAGAGCCGUGAGCAGUCUACUCUUUGCGUUAGGACACCACCUCCUUAAAGCCACCAGGCGAAGAAAAAUAAUAUUGUUGCCAAAAAAAUAGCAAGGAAAGAAAAGUGAGUAGCUUCGUUUGCUGAAGCUUUGUGUUGCACAGGGAUCCACCUGAGGGGGAGUAUUUUAAUAACCCUGAUAUUUGCAAGAGAAAGUAAUUGAGAAUAAUAAUGUCUUGAUUUGGUUGUGAUCCUGCCUGUCAGUUUUCAGUUUUUACAGCCCCAGAGCUAAAUUGGUAAAUCCUUUCUUGCCCUGGGACUAGGAUUCCUUCCCCACAGGGGGUUUAUGACUUUCUACCAUUUAGUUUAUGUGGUUGGUAACUUGAUUGUGGCCUGUUCAGAUCUAGUGCUGCUGUGGUUAAGAGAAGCUUUUUUUUUUUUUCCCUAGGAGGUAAAUAGAUGGGAAGCAAGGGUAUGAAAUAAGGCAGAGAAGUUUAAGUUUUACACAUUUUGGAGGUCCCGGAUUAUAUUGUGCAACAUACAGAAAAUUUCUUGCAGUAAGACAUGAAUAUGUAUUUUUGAACACUAAAAUAAGUAUGAAAAAUGUACUUGAUUGGAAACUGUGAAAGUCAGUAUUUUCCCCUCCGAAUUUCGUUUUACGAGGGUUUGGGUUUCGGAAGUGAUGCCUUGUCAGGAAUAUUAUAACUAGGCUCCAGAGCUUCUAAAUUGUCUUUUAGGGAGAAAUUCAAGAAAAACUCUUUAACCAUCAGAUUAUGUCAAGUGCCUGUAGAUGGCCUUACAUUUCAUUGUCUGUGAGUCCUGGGAAAGGCCAGCCUUAAGAGAUUAUUAACAUUAGUGAACACAUUUCUGUGACUUCUGUAUUUGUUGUCAUUACAGACUCACAUUCCUUUUAUGUAGCAUGCCUUUAUUUUUUUUUCCAUUGUGAAAUGUCAAGUGGAUUUUACUUUUGCCACUUACCUUGAGUGACAGUUUCUGAUGACUAACACAUGAUGACAGCGGCUCAUUUUGUUUCCUAUUAGAAGUUAGUCAAUAAACAUAUUUUAUCAAAACCCUGGAAAUUAGUGUAGGAGUGAAUGUUAAUUCUUUCAACUCUAGUUGUGGGCAGUAACACACAGCUUAGACUCUGAAACAAAUGCUUGCUUACUAACGUGACACGGUGCAAGAGACGUCAUUGCAGGGUGGACAUCAUUUUCAGGGUGGACAUAAAUAAUGUGAUUUCCAUGACUUUUUAUUUUUGGAAUUAUUCAGUAAUUUGAAUGAUUGACUUGCGUGAGAGAUUUAGAUAGGUACAAGCUUAACUACUUCAAAGAACAGAUUUAGUUCUGGUUACACUUCCAAAGUUACCAGAAGCAGGCCCUCCUUACUUUGUAAAAGCAUUGAGAAUAAUACAUUGUAGAAAUCUCGGUAGAGAUAAUAAUUUCUGGCCUAGGGCAUUCCUUACAGGACUGCCCCUGUUUAAGAAUGAAUCUUGUAGUUCUCAAUUAUGCCGUUCAAAUUUUAGUUUCAUUUAAUUCAGUUUAAUAAAAUACUCAUUCAACAUGUCUUUAAGAGAUGAUAUAAUAAUGAGCAUAACUGAAUGCUGUUUUAGAGAAUAUUUUUAAAUGUUGGCUGAGAGAGUUGUAAGUGGAUCAAGGUUCUGAAAAAUAUAUAUAUAAAUGCUUAAAAUUAUAGGCGUAAUAAGAUUUAGGUGAAUCAUCUUUAUUUGCGGAGACGGUUUUAAGCAUCUUUUUUUUUUCCUAUUUCAUAAUUUAUGUAUUCUGUCUUUAUCAGUGUAGUGAUAUAUUUUGUAAUCCUUAUGCAUACGAACUUUCCACGCUAGUGUGCUAUAAAUGUUUGUAGUACAUGUUACCAUCCCGAAUGUACUGAAACACGUUUAGAACUAUUACAGACAAAAAAGCAACACGCAUUAUAUUUUCUUUGAUAUGUUUGAUGUUAGCAGAAAUGUCUCACUGAUUUUUCUAUGACUUUUAAUGCAUACCAUUUGUGGAGUAAUGAAAAUGCAAUGGUAAUUGCCAUAAUGUAAGCAAAAAUGGUAUCCUACCUGAAAAUGAACUUUUCAGAAAAUUCAUUGUAGUGUAAUCAGAAUUUGAGACUUAAGGGGGCAGAGGUUCCCCUGAUUAUGCUGUUUUGAUUCAGGCUAAGAGGAACUCUUUUUUUUUUUUUUUUUUUUCCACUUAGACGCUCUUUAGCAUGACACACUUUGAGGGAGUUAUUUAGCAGAAGUUUUUAGUGAUAAUCGUCUUAGCUGCUAACCUAUCAGCAAUUUAUCUUCUAACAUGCGAAGAAAAUGUAUUCUUCUGUCACUAUGUUUGGCACAGUGGCUUUUACUGCACCCUGAGCUUUGGCCUACUCUCCUCGAGUUAUUUAUAUUAUCUACUGUAUUUAUUUAUAUAUUAUUUCCUCUUUACUACCACAUCGGUGUUACUUAGACCAUCUAUGUUAGUAAUCUUCCGCUAUAAGUGGAAUUGUGUUAUGUAGUUCACUGUGCUUUUAAAAUAUUAAGUAUUCUAUUUUUAGUGUAUAUGUUGUAGACAACAUUCUAUAGGCUACAAUGGGGUUUUUUUGUGGGUUUUUUUUCUUUUUUGUAUUUUGUUUGUAUGUUUUUGCAAUGCUUCCACUCUGCCUUCCUUUUACUCUUGUGUUUCUUCCCUCUGAUGGAACAGUAAGUUAUGUUAACUCUCUUAAUUACUGUAAUUGGUGUAGCAACACAAAUACUUUUGAAAUAAGUAGGCAUACCAGUGUGAAAGUAAAUUAAUAUUUUACAGCAUUUGCAUCAUGUUUGACUGUUCUGUACACUUCAGCAGAAUAGGAGGAGACUGUAAUUUGGACUCUGUAAAACCUUAUCUGCCAGGUGAUAUGUAAAUAGCACUGUGUGCACACAUAGAUAUACAAGCAAACACUCAACUGUUAGCUCAUAAAGCAAGUGCUGUCUGCAAAUCCACGGUACCUGCACCUUGUUCAGAAAUGAUUAUCCUGUAUUUGGAUGCUUCCUCUGAGAAAUUACUAGAUCAAAAUAGGAAAACAGCCACCGUGUAAGGGCAAAUAGAAUUUUGUGAGCUUCUCUAACUUGGCCACCAUUUACAUUUGUAACUCAACGAGCUUCCUCGUGGAAGGAUAGACUUAGUGGAGUCUUCCAAGGACUUCAAAGACGUUACGGUCUGGAACAGCUUCCCUACUUUCUCUGUACUCACAGAUUACAUGCGGAGAAACCAAGGAUUACAAAACACACUCCUUUUGCAUAUCAGUCCCAGGCAUGCAGUAGAUGCUUCUGUAUAUACUUGGUGAAUGGAUUCGUUAGAAGUCUUUACCUCACAAAAACUACUACAAGCACCAAGCUCCCUGAUGGAAAGGAGCAUCGUGCAGCAGCCAGUCCCCAGGGUGGUCCGUUCAAGCUGCGGAUUUGUUUGCCAUCACUCUAAGACAAUCUCCUCCUCCACGGCCACUCCAGGGAAGUGCAUCACAAAUCAGCAUACUGGAGCAAAAUGAAAGAAUUUGUUCUGAGGCCUCAAAAGUAGUGCUGCUACGGACCAUGAGCAAGAAAGGGUGGACUUCAGCCUGCACGGAUGGUCUUGAAACACAAAUAGUUGUGGGUCUAGGCAUUUUACAUUGAGUUUCUCUACUGCCACCCCUUCUACUCAAGCAAAAUCUGUGUGGAAAGAUCCGCUGGGAAGGAACUGACUGCUUAUGUUUCUCCAUUGUGAUGAAAGCACAUGGUACAGUUUUCCAAAGAAAUUAGUCCUUCUUCUGGGUGAAAAGAAACCAGUCUGCUGUUUUCAUAGGGUAUUUCUCACUCCUCUGGAAGGAAGAAAGAACACGCCUGAGCCUAGGAGCGCUCCAGCUUCUUGUGGGAAGUCUCCAUGGUGAAGGCUGAGCCAGGGCUACCUGCGAACGGCGCGCAGUGAAUGUCAUUCCAGAGCUGCCGCCGGCGGAUAGCACCCACGGGGAGAUGAUUCCUCAUGAAGAGCCUGGCUCCCCUACAGAAAUCAAAUGUGACUUUCCAUGUAUCAGACUGAAACCAGAGCCAGCCAGACAGUGAAACAGUCACCGUGGAGGGGGGACGGCGAAAAAUGAAAUCCAACCAAGAGCGGAGCAACGAAUGCCUGCCUCCCAAGAAGCGCGAGAUCCCCGCCACCAGCCGGCCUUCCGAGGACAAGGCGGCCCCUCCGCCCAGCGACAACCACCGCGCGGAGGCCGUGGCAUGGCUCCCCCCGGGCAACCCUGGUGGCCGCGCCCACGGGGGCAGCAGGCACGGCCCGGCGGGGACUCCCGUGGAGCUCGGUUUACAGCAGGGAAUAGGUUUACACAAAGCGCUGUCCACGGGGCUGGACUACUCCCCGCCCAGCGCGCCCCGGUCUGUCCCGGCGACCAGCACGCUGCCCGCGGCCUACCCUCCCCCGCAGUCCGGGACCUCGGUGUCCCCCGUGCAGUACGCGCACCUGCCACACACCUUCCAGUUCAUCGGGUCCUCCCAGUACAGCGGGCCCUACGCCGGGUUCAUCCCCUCGCAGCUGAUCUCCCCGACGGCCAGCCCCGUCACCAGUGCCGUGGCCUCCGGUGCGGGCGCCGCCACUCCAUCCCAGCGCUCCCAGCUGGAGGCCUAUUCCACUCUGCUGGCCAACAUGGGCAGUCUGAGCCAAGCCUCAGGACACAAGGCUGAGCAGCAGCAGCAGCAGCAGCAGCAGCACCUGGGCCGGACGCCGGGGCUCAUCACCCCGGGGUCCCCCCCACCCACCCAGCAGAACCAGUACGUGCACAUCUCCAGCUCUCCGCAGAGCGCCGGGCGCGCGGCCUCUCCUCCGGCCAUCCCCGUCCACCUCCACCCGCACCAGACGAUGAUCCCACACACGCUCACCCUGGGGCCCUCCCCCCAGGUCGUAGUGCAAUACACCGACUCCGGCGGCCACUUCGUGCCGCGCGACGCCACCAAGAAGGCCGAGAGCGGCCGGCUGCAGCAGGCCAUGCAGGCCAAGGAGCUGCUGAACGGAGAGGUGGAGAAGGGCCGGAGGUACGGCGCCCCGAGCUCCGCCGACCUGGGCCUGGUGAAGGCCAGCAAGUCGCUCCCCCACCCGUACGAGUCCCGGCACGUGGUGGUGCACCCCAGCGCCCCCGACUACGGCAGCCGGGACUCCUCGGGGGUCCGGGCCUCUGUGAUGGUCCUGCCCACCAGCAACACACCCGCCGCCGACCUGGAGGUGCAGCAGGUCACUCACCGGGAGGCCUCCCCGUCCACCCUCAACGACAAAAGCGCCCUGCACCUGGGGAAGCCCGGGCACCGGUCCUACGCGCUGUCACCCCAACAGGCUCUGGGCCCCGAGGGCGUGAAGGCCGCCGCCGCCGUCGCCACGCUGUCCCCCCACACGGUCAUCCAGACCACACACAGCGCUUCAGAGCCACUCUCUAUGGGACUGCCGGCCACCGCCUUCUACGCGGGGACUCAAGCGCCGGUCAUCGGCUACCUGAGCAGCCAGCAGCAAGCGAUCACCUACGCCGGCAGCCUGCCCCAGCACCUGGUGAUCCCCGGCACGCAGCCCCUGCUCAUCCCGGUGGGCAGCGCCGACGUGGAGGGGUCCGGGGCAGCCCCCGCAAUAGCCACGUCGUCGCCCCAGUUCGCUGCCAUGCCUCACACGUUCGUCACCACCGCCCUUCCCAAGAGCGAGAACUUCAGCCCGGAGGCCAUGGUCACGCAGGCCGCCUACCCCGCCAUGGUGCAGGCCCAGAUCCACCUGCCCGUGGUGCAGUCAGUGGCGUCCCCCGCCGCGGCGCCCCCCACGCUGCCCCCCUACUUCAUGAAAGGCUCCAUCAUCCAGUUGGCCAACGGGGAGCUGAAGAAGGUGGAGGACUUGAAGACGGAAGACUUCAUCCAGAGCGCGGAGAUCAGCAGCGAUCUGAAGAUCGACUCCAGCACGGUGGAGAGGAUCGAGGACAGCCACCACCCCGGCGUGGCCGUGAUACAGUUUGCCGUCGGGGAGCACCGAGCACAGGUCAGCGUGGAGGUUUUGGUAGAGUACCCUUUUUUUGUGUUUGGACAGGGCUGGUCAUCUUGCUGUCCAGAGAGAACCAGCCAGCUCUUCGACCUGCCGUGCUCCAAGCUCUCCGUUGGGGACGUCUGCAUCUCGCUGACCCUCAAGAACCUGAGGAACGGCUCUGUUAAGAAGGGCCCGCCCGUGGAUCCCGCCAGCGUCCUGCUGAAGCACUCAAAGAGCGACGGCCUGGCAGGCAGCAGACACAGGUACGCCGAGCAGGAGAACGGCAUCAACCAGGGAAGUGCCCAGAUGCUGGCCGAGAAUGGCGAACUCAAGUUUCCAGAAAAAAUAGGAUUGCCUGCAGCGCCCUUGCUCACCAAAAUAGAACCCAGCAAGCCCGCAGCAACGAGGAAGAGGAGGUGGUCGGCCCCGGAGACCCGCAAACUGGAGAAGUCGGAAGACGAGCCACCUUUGACUCUUCCUAAGCCUUCUCUAAUUCCUCAGGAGGUUAAGAUUUGCAUUGAAGGCCGGUCUAACGUAGGCAAGUAGAGGCAGCGCGGGGAAAGGAAACUCGGCUCCCCCUUCUCAUUUGUAUCCAGAUUACUGUACUGUAGGCUAAAUAACACAGUAUUUACAUGUUA